AAGAAAAAAGUGUGCGUGGCUUCCUUUUAUCCGCGUGUUCUUGGUUCACUUGUGUGUUCACGCUGAGGGUUUCCAACAGGGAUAGAAAUGCCAUCAAAGUUAUUUUUGAAACGAAGUCAUCUUCUGGAGGAAGACAUGGACACUGUGGCGGAGAAUAAAGCCUUAAAGACCAAGGAGGCCAAGAAAUCUAAGAAGAAGCAGAAAGAGGACCAGGUCAAGGAGGAGGAGCAAAACUUUGAACCUCCAGCACCAAAGAAGAAAAAGAAAAAAGACAAGUCUGAACUGGACCAAAUGAAUGGCCACACCAAUACUGACACAGAUGUGAAUGGCACCAUUCAUCAUGCUGAUCCAAAAAAAGAAAAGAUCAGGAAGAGCUCUGAAGUGGACACAGAGAAGAAAAAGAAGAAACAAAAGAAAGCGGUUACCGAGGUGGUAGUCAAUGUUGGUUUGGUUCUGACCAAUGGACAUUCCAGCCCUAACGGCCUUUGUCAGACUCCCAUGCAGACGCCAUCCCAGUCAAGUGAUGAAUCACACAGUGGCAAUGAAACUGAAAUGGAGACUCUGGAACAGAAAGAAGGUGCAUUCUCCAAUUUCAGGAUAUCCCAAUGUACCAUCGAUCGUCUUAAAGCUCGGGGCGUCGCUUACCUGUUUGACAUUCAGGUGAAGACUUUUAAUUCUGUAUAUGAUGGAGAAGAUGUUAUUGCCCAGGCCAGAACAGGAACGGGGAAGACGUUCUCUUUUGCCAUCCCAUUGGUGGAGAAGCUACAGGUUGAAUCACUGGAACGGAGUAGAGGCCGAGCUCCCAAGGUUUUGGUUUUAACUCCAACCAGGGAGUUGGCUAUCCAGGUUGCUAAAGACUUCAAAGACAUCUCCAAGAGAGUGACUAUUGCCUGUUUCUACGGAGGCAGCUCAUAUAAUCCACAGAUUGAUGCUAUCCAUAAUGGUAUUGAUGUACUGGUUGGAACCCCUGGCCGGAUUAAGACCACUCCAGAAUCACAACUUGACCUUUCCAAACUUAAGCAUGUUGUACUGGAUGAAGUAGAUCAAAUGCUGGAUAUGGGAUUUGCAGAGCAAGUUGAAGAAAUUUUGGCAUUUUCCUAUCAGAAAGAUGGUGAGUCCAACCCACAGACUCUGCUGUUUUCAGCUACGUGCCCUCCCUGGGUUUAUGAUGUGGCCAAAAAAUACAUGAAACCAAAGUGCAAACAUGUUGACUUGAUAGGAAAGAAAACAAAGAAAACUGCAAUGACUGUCGAACAUCUUGCCAUAGCUUGCCACUGGUCACAGCGUGCUGCAGUUAUUGGUGAUGUGAUCAAGGUUUAUAGUGGCAGCCAUGGUAGAACCAUAGUCUUCUGUGAAACCAAGAAAGAGGCCAAUGAACUUUGCAUGAAUGAAUCCAUCAAGCAGGGUGCCCAGUCUCUUCAUGGUGAUAUUCCUCAGAAACAGAGGGAGUUGACACUGAAAGGCUUCAGGAACGGUGCAUUUGAGGUCUUGAUUGCCACUAACGUAGCAGCCCGUGGACUCGAUAUCCCUGAAGUAGACCUGGUGGUCCAGUGCUCUCCACCCAAGGAUGUGGAGUCAUACAUCCAUCGUUCGGGGCGAACCGGCCGAGCAGGCAGAACUGGAAUCUGUAUCUGUUUUUACCAGAGGAAAGAGGAGGACCAGCUGCGCUAUGUUGAAAACAAGGCUGGUAUAACUUUCAGACGGGUUGGCGUUCCCACCGCAAAUGAUAUUAUCAAGUCUUCGAGCAAGGAUGCUGUUAGGUUUCUGGAUUCUGUGCCUGUUACUGCUAUCGGCUACUUCAGAGCAUCUGCUGAGAAGCUGAUUGAAGAGAAAGGAGCUGUUGAAGCUCUAGCCGCUGCCCUGGCCCACAUUUCUGGAGCCACAAAUCUUGAACAGAGGUCACUACUAAACUCUGACGCCGGUUACACCACCCUGCUGUUGGUAUGUUCUCAGGAGAUGCAUAAUAUGGGUUAUGCCUGGAAAACCAUUAAAGAACAGCUUGGAGAACAAAUUGAAAAUGACAUUCACAGAAUGACCUUCCUCAAGGGCAAAACAGGAGUUUGUUUUGAUGUCCCAGCUGGAAAAGCCAAGGAGUUUCAGGAGAACUGGAAGGAUGGUCGCCGUUGGCAGCUAACUGUCGCUACAGAACUUCCAGAACUGGAAGAGAAGCAGUUCAAUAACCGUGGUGACAGCCGCUCUGGCUUUGGUAACCGCGGUGACAGAGGAGGAAGGUUCAGAGGUGGAAGGGGACGAAGCUUUGGGGGAAAUGGUGGCCGUGGUAACCGGACUCAGAACAGCAGGGGUGGGCCGCAGUAUCAACCGAGGGAGGGCAGAAAACGUAGCUUCAGCCAAGCUUUUGAUUGAUAAAACUGUUGCUGUUCUGGCAGGAGCGCUGGUUUUCUAUUAGUGGACAAUGGGAUUGGAUGUACUGCCGACAGAACUCUCCAUCAUUGCAACAACUUUACAGAAGCUGUAUUUAUUAUCCAUGUGUUCUUUAAAAUAAACACGCUUUCUUUCUAAAAGAGGGGAGAAUGGCCUAAUAUUAUAUGAAGUAAUUCAAAGAUUGAAAUAUUUUUAUUUCUGCUGCAUUAAAAGUCAGCUUUUUACCCGAC